AUUACAAUUUUGUUUUCACGAUCACCGGAAGUAGGUUGUUUACCAUGGCCGACUACGAAAGUGUUUUGUGUGUGAAAAACAAUGUCCACGUAUACAGAAUUCCUCCCCGACCAUCAAAUAGGGGUUACAGGGCCUCUGACUGGAAGCUUGAUGCCCCAGACUGGGAUGGAAGAUUAAGAGUUGUAGCCAAAGGCAAAGAUUUGUUUAUCAAGCUGGAAGACAAAACAUCAGGGGAGCUUUUUGCCCAGUGCCCUGUGGACAGCCAUCCUGGAGCAGCUGUGGAGAGUGUUAUGGAUUCCAGUCGAUACUUUGUCCUAAGGAUUAAAGAUGAUAAUGGUCGCAGUGCUUUUAUAGGGAUUGGGUUUGAUGAUAGGAGCGACUCUUUUGACUUAAAUGUAGCGUUACAAGAUCAUUUCAAAUGGUUGAAGAAAGAAGAGGAGGCACAGGUCGCCACCAAAGAAUUUGACAGUGGACCAAAGUUAGACCUGGGUUUUAAAGCAGGGCAAACAAUCACUAUUAAUGUAGCAAAGACGAAAAAAGUAGGAUCUGAUACAACAACUUCCAAACCUCGACCAAAAGGGGGUACAACUGGAGGAAUAUUACCUCCCCCUCCAGGGGGAAUGAAAUUACCUCCACCACCAGGUGGAGCUUUACCACAGACUUUUCCAGCGCCACCUUCUGGCAAUGUGUCACAACCACAAGUGAAUAAGAACUCUGGUAGUAAUGUUGAUCUUUUAGAUUUUGACUUUGGUGAUUCAUCUAGCAGUACGUCUUCAAACACAGCCCCCAUUCAACCUGUACAGACCAAAAGUGAUCCUUGGGGGGAUUUCACAGGAGCAGGUAAUAAAGAGCCCAUCAAUGGGAUCAAUUGUUUCUUUUCGGAGGAGUCUUUCAACAAAUACUCGAGGACCCCCUCCACCCUGGAGGAGAGGCUGUUGAUGAGGAUUAGACAGGUGAAGGGGGAACCAGUGUAUCCUAAUACAGCGCAGGUCGAAAGUUGUUCUGCUGACACUAAUUUUAGUAAAGAUGCAAAGUCAGAAGGAGAGAAAAUUACAGACACUGGUGACAAUGCAGGAGAAUCUCAGCCUAAACAAGCAGGGGCAUCUCAGCUUAAACAAACAGAGAGGACAUUGACUAUACCACAGAGUACCCCAGCAAAGGAACAACAAAAGAAGAAAAAGUGCCCAGAGUUACCACAUACUAAGAAAGUAGCCCCUCCCAGAAAGUCCAGGUUCUCACAUGAUCAACAGAAGCGAUAUGUUUAUCUUUACAAAAAAUAUUCCCACAGAACCUCCAUUGAUACAACACCGGAGGAGAGAGGAGAAAUAAGAGAGCUACAGAUAUUGACAAGUGAAGUUCUAGAAGAACAGAAAGAAUUCCAGGAAUUUCAGGAGAUGCUUUCCAACACAGCCCACAAAACUGACUAUACCUACAUGAAUCCUGCAGCCAGAAAAUACAUGGAGGAUUAUGUCCAUAGUCGAAAGAAAGAGGCGGAGUUAUACCCAAAAUAUUAUAACACAGAAUCAUCAUUUAACAUUGACGGGGAGGGUCAGCCUUCUAAGAUGGUGUUUAUAAAACCUCUCCUACAGCUGGGAAUUGUACCUAAGAUGAUGCUGCCUACAGUGACCCAGCAGCUGAAGCCAGAGCUACCUCUGGAUUCCCCGGCGGUCAGUCAGCAGUAUCCUGUGUCUAAAAGCAGAAAUCACAGACCAGGAGCCUGGAAUCAUGAGCCUUGUACUUUGGAUGACAAUGCCACACACUUGGCCGUAGAGAAUCGAGCCCACAUUGUGAUAUCAGCCGGGGCCCUUCAGUGCUUGGUGGACAACCAUGCCCCCAAACACCUGGAGGAAUGGGAGAUGCCAUUUGUUGUCAGGGAAUACAAAUUAAAAGAUGGUGAUAAAGUAUUGGUGCAAAGGGUUGUCUACAUAGACAGGCCAUUUUUACAACCACAGCUUACCCCCAAAGAUAAAAACACAAAGUACUUCAAGUAUGCUCUGAAGGCGUUUAUAGCCAGGCCAUCACAGAAAGGCCAUGUGUUCAGCAAGAUUGAUGAAUCUAGGGUUGAUGCAAAGGUAGGAGCAACUUCUCAAGUUUAUCAACAGUCAACAAAUUCAAACAAUACAGCAAGUUCCAAAACAAGCUCUGUUGAAAUGGGAGAAAGAAGUGUCAUCAAAAAGAAAGAAGAACCAUUUUCUGUUGGAGAUAUUUCUCUAGAAGACCUUGAAUGCUUUGGGACUGCAAAGAAAAAGGAAAAUACAACAGCAAAAAACAAGCAAACAUCAGCAGUGGACAUGGAAAUAGAAUCUCAGUUGAACAUAGAUGAUUUGGAAUCAUUUGGAACUGCAAGUGUAUAUAAAUUUAAGAAAACUGCAGAGAAAGCAAAGCCUAAGGAUUCUGAUCAAGAUUUGCUCAGAAAGAUCAAAGAAAUGCACAAACCCCAGAAACAGGUAUUACCCACACAAAGUCUGGCAAAGGAAAAUCCAGCUUUGGAUGUAACAGAAAUAAAAACAAGUCCUGUAGGAAAUUCAAGUGAAGUGCAGGAAAUUCAUAAGGAAAAUGACUUAAAUGUACAUAGAGCAGGAAAUGAGCAAAGUUCAGCAGAUGUAGGAAAUGUACCAAAGGAGGAGCAUUCUCAACCAGUCUCUUAUGAUACAAUUGUGAAAGAUUCUCCAGUGGAAAAUAUAAAUAUAAACUCAGAAAAUAAAAUCUCUCAGAUGUUAGAGCAGAACAUAGGUAGUAGCCAAAUUGAUGAAGUACCUCAAAUGAUUCCAUGGCGCACACCUGAAUUGUUUAAUGAGAGUGAUCAGAAAACCACCACUAGGAAGUCGGAGAGAAUUCAGACAAGGAGUGCACCUGUCCCAAGUGAGGAGGACAGCAGUGAAGAUGAGGACAAACUCUUCAUUAUGGAGAGUCCUACGAAGAAGGUAGAAGUGUUUGAUGAGGCUCCUGCCAGUCCUACUCCAGCUAGUCCUGAUCCAGGUCAGGAGGAUACAGAGGUCUGCAGGAUCAUUCCUAUAGGAUCAGACUAUACUCCUAAUCCUUCUCAGAGCCCAGCUAGGAGACAGGAGUCUCCCACUAGUCCAGUGAAAGGAGGACUUUCUGACUUCUCUGAAACCAUGCAGUGUCCUGUCAUUCCUUUGUGUAGAGAAAGUGAAGAUGAGACUUUUGAUACAUCAUGCCAGGGUCAGAUGUCAAAAGAGAUGAGUCAUUCACCUGAUGGUAUUUUUGAAAAGCCUGUAGGCACACCAUUAAGGAGAUCAGGAAGGUACAGGAAAAACAGCCAGAGUCUGGAUUCUCGUAACACAGAAACUGGACAGACUGCACAGAAUACAGUUAGUAUACAUGUAGGAGGUUGCUUCAGUGACACAGUUCAAAGUUGUGAAUCAGAUGUGCAUCAUGAGGAAGAUGAUGAUUCUAAAGAAAAAGUAAUGUCAAAGAGGAAAAAGUUUAAGAAAGAUGUCAUUACAUCAGACAGUGAAAAUGAGGAAAAGGAAAUCAAACCAACUGCCCAACCAGUGAAAAGGAAAAGAGGAAGGCCCCGGAAAAAUCCUACUCCUGAGUCAUGGAAAGCUGAGGAAAAUGAGAGUGAAAAAGGUCAAGUGGCAGCUCCACUCCGUAUGUCGACACGAUCCAGAUCUAGGUCCUCAGUUGGUGGGACGUCAGAAGAUGAGGUCCCUGAAAAGGAGGCAGCUAAUCGAUCAAGGAGGAAAUGCAAGUCUGAAGCAGGGGGAUCUAAAGAGGUUGAAUCAGAGGCCAGGAAACCCCCUGAGGAUGGUGCUAAAGCUGUCACAGGUCUGGAAACUAAGAAAGAUGAACACAGUAUCAGAGUUCCAUUAGAGAUAUCUGUGGCAGAUGUACCAGUGCAGGCUAAAAGACCAAGGCCAGACAUUGCUGAAAACCUCUUGGGCAACAUUGGACCACACAAAAGAGUAAGUCGUGUUGGCAGACUGUCAUCUACACCAGCUCACCCUGUCACAAAACCAGAAACUAACCAAUCAACACAGGGGUCAGAGGUCAAAUCAAGGGAGAGCAAGAAAACCAACCAACAAACACACAAAGCAGAAGACAGGUUCAGUUUGGAUAGCUUACUCAAUGUGCAGCAGACGCUUCUUAAAUCGGGUGAAGAACAAAAUCAGUCCAGUUUUACAGCUGAGAACAGUAAUCAUGUUUACAAGUUUCCACAACGAAACAAUGUGACCUAUAACCUUUGGGAUUUAGGAGGAUUUAAGGUCAUAGUUCGCUGUAACAUUCAUGGGGUCAUCAGAGACGUGAAUCAGCAGUUAUCAUUUGUUCAUCUGAUGCCAAAGCUGGAGUAUCAGUGUCAGUUUGGAAUGGAACAGGUCACUCCUAGUGAAACAGCCAGAACCUGGAUCUCCUCUUACAUCAGACCUAACUGCCGAGUCCUUAGGGCAAGAUUUCACACCCAGAGAACUGAGCUAUUUUCCGUAGAAGAAUUACAAGCAGCACAGAUUGUUCCACCAUCACAGAGCUUUAGCCCAGGGAAUGGCUUUUUACUGUUGCAAAAUAUAUUCCACCAUCUUCAUCAGCUUUCUCCUGGCCAGUAUCUUCUAAGUCACAAGAAGUCCUCAGAUAAAUGUGUAAUAAAGAAAGCUACUGAGGACAAUAAAAGAGGUUCCUAUGACCUACAUUUCAAUCAGCUUGGGUUUGCUGAUCCCGAGUUUGAUAAGCGGAAGGUUCAAUGGACCCCUCUGGAUCCCACUAUUAUGCUCCCCUACCACACAAUGAAUGGCAGAAUCCCAGUGACCUUUGACCCACCAGAUUUCAAAUUUACCUACUCAUCUCAGAAUAAAAGCAACAAAAGAAAGAAGAAAAAUAAAGCAAAGCGCAAAAAGAACAAGAACUCUGUGUAAAUCUCUGUGAUAUGUAUACAGUUGUACAUCCUGGAUAUCUUUCAGAUGUGCCAUUUCCUGUAUGUAUCUCUGUCCAGUAGAAGUGAUUGAUCUGGUCUUCUGAAAUAAAAAAAAAAAACACAAGAGUAUCAAUGGCCUCUAAUCAGUUUAUAUGACCUUUCUCAAUUAGUGGAUGCAAUCUUAUUAAAAGAGCCCACCAUC